AUGAGUGUAAUGAUCCAGCCUACAGCUCCGCUUCAAAUCCAAUGGCCUCAGUCGCCUCCAGUUGCAGCACCACAACCAAUGGGUCCUAGUAGUACACAAACUGUAUGCACUGCUUGCGGAAAUUACAUUUAUACAAGUACAUCUAAGAAAGCCAAAUCUUCUGCUUGGUGGAGUUGUAUACUGAUGUGUGUCUUUGGAUGUGUUUGUGGAUGCUGUCUAAUUCCUUGCUGCAUGGACUCUUGCAAUGUCGUCAACCACAAAUGCCCAAAAUGUGACACGUUUUUGGGACAGUACAGACCAUAA